UAGCAAGAUUCUUUUUCCUUUUCCUAAAUUUUCGUCCUAAAUCAACCAACGAUUUGCUCUCGGAUUGUGUUCUUCCCAAAAUCGAUUUUCCCUACCCGCACGGCACAUGCUCGAUCAAAUGCCUCACUCGACGUAGACUGUCCACUUCUAAAUGCCGAGUGGGAAUGCUACCAAGUAGGAGGAACAAUAGUAUUCAUUAGAGAUCCCUUUACGAAGGCAUUCCUAUUGAUAUUCCCGGGGAACAGUCAUGGAAGACUUUGAUUCAGAAUCAAUGAAGUGCCGGAGAGAAGUAGAGAAGGCAAUCACGGAGAAAGUGGGGCAGGUUGUCUGCUCUAUCAAAGAUGCGAGCCACGUGGACGAAGUUAUUGUUGCUCUUCACUCUCUUGCUGUUCUGCUGUUCCCUCUUGAUCCUCACUCGUUCUUAGGUAGUAUUGAUGAGCGGUACCGAGAACAGGUACAAAGUGCUGUGGUGCCAGAUUCUGACAAGAGAAGUCAAUGGGAACAUAUUUUCUAUACGGGUGCUGCAUUUCGAAUGCUGGCACGAGUUUUAUUAUAUGAUGUGGCUUUGGAUUGGCUAGCAUGUUUCCCCACCUCUGCAAGGGUUCACAUCUAUGAUGUGUUUUUUACAAACAGUCAUCUCACUGAGGUCAUCCAGGCAUUAGUUCCUUGUUUACAAGGAAAAGAUAUUGGCACUCAUGAUCUGAAUGCAGUGUGCUCAAAUGUUGAAAGAUUACUAUUACUUUGCUUGUUUGAGAAUGAUGGCGCACUCCGGCUGGUUAUAGAAUUUGACACUGACUGUCGAGCCAAAGGAUCUACCCGUGAAUCUGUCCAACAGAAUAUUGUUCGGGUGUCACAACUUAUUACUUCUAUUCCUGACAAAGUACGAGCAAGAGCACCUGCUUCGCUCUCAUCACCCUUAUUUUUUAAGCAUAUUGUCUCCCAACUACUUGAUGGAACAGAAGGAUUGGACAGGAAUUUAGAUGAAAAAUCUUAUUUUGAUAAAAACAAACCUGAUUUUGGCAUGUCAUUUGUUGGGCAAUCAUUUAGUCGCAUUUGUCGCCGAGGGUCCGCAGAUGUUCUGUUAAGUGAGUUAAUUCCUAGAAUCCUUAGAUGUGUUCAGAGCCUUCUAGAACCAACAGCGGAUAUGACUAUUAGAGAAGCAGUUGAGUCAAAACCUGGUCUUCGUUUUUUUCUAAAUAUAAUGGAGGCAGUUCAAGAUUCACACUCAGUAGAAAGGUUGUCUGAACAGCUUCUAAAUCAACUAGCAGCUCAACGUGUUAGAGAUGAUGAGGCAUAUUGGAUUUUAUGGAUCUUGUUUCAUCGCAUUUAUAAGGAGAAGACAUCCAUUAGAUCAAUGUUUCGAGAUAAAUUUUUGCUCUGGAAAGUAUUCCCUAUAUGUUGCUCAAGAUGGAUUCUCCACUUUGCAGUUUUUGAAUGUGUGCCUAAUAUUUCUUUGGGUACAAAAGCCUGUAGUGCCCGUGCUCAUUUGGAUACCAUCCAGCACCUUGCCGCGGCAUGGUCUAAAAGAGAAUUUGUUCAAUCAGCCCCACUUGAGCAGCAAGCAUAUGUUACUUCUGCUUUAGGCAUUUGCCUAGAGAAUAUGUCAAAGGAAGAUCUCAAUGCAACCAAGGAUGCAUUGCCGUCAAUUCUUCAAGGAGUUAGCGGUAGGUUGCAUAGUCCUGACCAUUUGAUACGAAAGAUGGCUAGCAAUGUUGCUUUAGCGUUUUCUAUUGUGAUCGACCCAAAAAAUCCUCUGUAUCUAGAUGAUAGCUGUCACAGUGAGACGAUUGACUGGGAGUUUGGUUUAGGAAACCUUAAGAAGGGUUCUCCAGCUACACGUGGUUGCAUAGAUGAAGAAAUGAGCAUAAAAAAUGAUUCUUUAUCUGCAUCAGCAACAAAAGAAUUUGAUGAAAAAGGUGAUGAUGCUAUGUCCAACAAUUUUAUGGAUAAUUGUAAGAGAUUGUCUGUAUGCAAAUUGGUUGACCCAGAUGAGAUUGUUGACCCUGCAUCACUAAUUACUCAGCUGGCUCCUUAUGAAGAGGAUGAUGACGUUGCAAAUGAAGAUUCUGAAUCCUCUAGUGAUUCAUCUCUGCAGCCAUAUGAUUUAACAGAUGAUGGUGCAGAUUUGAAAAGAUCAUUCUCACAGUUGGUUGAUGUGAUUGGAGCACUAAGGAAGCCUGAUGAUGGCGAGGGUGUUGAACAGGCUCUUGAUGUUGUUGAGAAGCUUGUGCGAGCCUUUCCUGAUGAGCUUAAGUUUGUAGCUGGAGAUCUGGCUAGAGCACUUGUAUAUGUCCGUUGUUCUGAUUCCACUGUUGAGGGGGAGGAAGAAUCAGCUGAAGAUAAGAGAGAAAAAGCCUUAGUUGCUCUGAUCGCCACAUGUCCAAAUGAAUCUCUUAAUGAGCUAAACAGACUGAUAUAUUCUCCAAAUCUAGAUAUAAGCCAGCGUAUAUUGAUUCUUGAUGUCAUGACAGAUGCUGCUCAAGAACUUGCAAAUUCACGAACUUCAAAACCCAAACAACACUCUAGAAUCCUUGUGUCAUCCGUGUCAGACCAGCCAUGGUUUGUGCCCAAGAACAUUGGCCCACCUGGAGCAAGCUCCUGGAAGGAGAUCUCAACUCCGGGAACUCCUUUGAAUAUGUCAUAUUCUUAUGAGAGAGAGCUCCCCUCGAAACCAAGCCAGCUCAAGAGAGGGAAGACACGCCGGUGGAGCCUUCAAUCAUCACAAAAACAAGAUAACCAGCUUGAGUGGUCCUUGAAUAAGUUUCCCCAAUAUGCAGCUGCAUUUAUGCUACCAGUAAUGCAGACGUUUGAUAAGAAAAGACACGGUGUUGAUUUGCUUGAUAGAGAGUUCAUUGUCUUGGGAAAGCUUAUCUACAUGCUUGGGAUUUGUAUAAAGUGUGCUGCUAUGCAUCCAGAAGCAUUUGUUUUGGCAUCUCCUCUAUUGGAUUUGCUGAGAUCAAGCAAGGUGUCUUUUCAUAAGGAAGCAUAUGUUCGGAGAUCUGUGCUUUUUGCAGCAUCAUGCAUAUUGGUUUCUCUUCAUCCAUCCUUCAUAAAAUCCGCCUUACUUGAAGGUAGUGUUGACAUUGUGAAUGGGCUCGAAUGGGUACGCACAUGGGCCCUAAGUGUAGCUGAUUCAGACACAGAUAGGGAGUGCUACACGCUGGCAUUGAGCUGCAUCCAACUCCAUAGUGAAAUGGCAUUGCAAGUUUCCCGAGCUGUUGAUUUGGCGGAGGAGAGUAACAGCGUUUUACCGUCCAAUUUUCUGAGGAGCGGCGCUAUUAAAUUCUACUGAUUUGUGAGUUUGAAGAAUGCUUUGAGAGCUUUGGUUGGGAUUUCAUUAUUUAUUAGGGCAUUAUUCGAAAUGGAAUGCACUUAGGAUUAGUGUGUUUAUACCUUAAUAAUUAGCGCUUUAAUUUGCUACCUAAUUUAUUGUUAAUUGUUAGAGAUUUGCCUGGCUAGUUUUUGAUCAAUGCACUGCAAAAUUACUAACGUUUGUUGUCCAAAUAUACGAGUAGAAUAUUU